AUGCUCGCUUCACGUAGCGUGCGUGCCGCUGCGGCGCCUGUGCGCGCUUCGAUCGCAGCGCGUGCCACCACGCCAUCGUCGACAUUGCUCACGGCAGCCGCGCCGGCAUGGUCGAGGGCAGCAGCAAGGUCAGCUGCGCUCACGCGCUCGCCGCUCGCCGCUCCCGUUGGCGCACGCACGCUCUUCACACGCACGCCACCCACGCCCUUGGCACGCACCAAGCAGCUUGUGUACCUCGUCUUGGCUCUCGCCGCCGGCACGCUCGGCGUGGCGUACUAUGCCGACUCGCGCUCGGCCAUCCACCGCUGGGUGGCCAUCCCGGCGCUCAAGGCGUUUGCCGAUCCGGAGAGCGCACAGAAGCUCGCGAUCAAGAUGCUCGAGACCGGACUCGCACCGCGCGACAUGGUCGACGACGAUGCGGUGCUCGAGACGGAGCUGUUCGGCCGCACGCUCUCCAACCCCAUCGGCCUCGCAGCGGGCUUUGACAAGCAGGCCGAGGCGAUCGACGGCCUGCUCGACCUCGGCUUUGGCUUCAUCGAGAUCGGCAGCGUCACGCCCGAGCCGCAGCCGGGCAAUCCGCAGCCGCGCUACUUCCGCCUCACCGAGGAUAACGCCUGCAUCAACCGCUUCGGCUUCAACUCGGAGGGCCACAACGUCAUCCUCAGCCGCCUGCGCGACCGCAUCCGUCGAUGGCUGCUCCACUCGUCCAGCAUCGCGAGCCUGCAGGACGCUCUGGUCGCCUCGCCCGACUCGGCUUCGGCCGACGCCAGGCAGCUCGUCGCCACGCACCCAAAGAGCACCUCGGCCUUUGUCGAUGCCACCGAGCUGCCUCGCAGUCUGCGCCCCGCCAAGAUGCUCGGCAUCAACCUGGGCAAGAACAAGACGAGCAAGGAGGAGAGCGUCGACGACUAUGUCAAGGGCGUCGAGCGUCUGGGUCCGUACGCCGACAUGAUCAUCGUGAACGUGAGCAGCCCCAACACGCCUGGGCUGCGAAGGCUGCAGCGCCGCGGUGUGCUCGAGGAUCUGCUGACGCAGGUGGUCAAGGCGCGCGACGGCAUGGUCGAGUCGCACCUGCGCUUCUCGGACAAAAAGGUGCAGGUGCCGCUGCUCGUCAAGAUCGCACCGGAUCUGAGUGAGGAGGAGCUGCACGAUGUUGCGGAUGCGGCGCUCAAGAGCGGUAUCGACGGACUGGUGAUCAGCAACACGACCAUCUCGCGUCCGGCGUCGCUGCGCUCGUCGGAGCACGUUCGCGAGACGGGCGGCCUGUCGGGUCCACCCGUGAAGCCGUUGGCGCUGCGUGCGCUCACGACGGUGCACGAGCGGCUUGAGGGCAAGCUGCCCAUCAUCGGAUGCGGCGGUAUCGCCACUGCGCAGGACGCGCUGGACUUUGCCAAGGCGGGUGCGAGCGCCGUGGAGCUCUACACGUCGUUUGGCUACCAGGGCGUGGGGCUGCCGCGACGUCUCAAGGAUGAGCUGGUCUCGCUGCUCAAGGCGGAGGGUACGACGUGGAAGCAGGCUGUAGGCAGUGGACUUGAUCUGUCCAAGGUGGAGAUCGCCGUGCCCAACGCCGAGCGCCCCACGGGCCUGCAUCCCGGCAGCGAUGCGGCGUUCGAAAAGAGCGUGGCGAGCGUCAAGCUCGAGCUCGACGGUCUGCGCGAGAAGCUCGGCCUGAACCAGACGCUGAGCAAGCAGGCGCUGCACAGCUUCCUCCCCUCGCGAGAGAAGGACGCGAGCUACUACGACCUGCUCGACAAGGCGCACGCUGCUCUCGGCCUCGACCUCGCCGCUGGCGAGCAGACGGUGCACAAGGUGCCCGAAUCGCAGCCCACCGCCGCCGACGCCAAACCCACCCAGGGCGAAAAGCAGCUGCACAACGCCCAGCAGCUCCUCCAGGACCCCGCCGUGCCCAACAUCAAGCUGCAGCUCAACGAGAAGACCAAAAAGGUGGCGGGCGACUCGACCACGGCCAAGGUGCUCGAGGCCAAGGAAAACGCCGCCCAGCGCAACUUUGCCAAGAUCGACAAGGUGCGCGUGGUCUAA